AUGGGCAGCCCUGGUGGUCCGUCGAAGCCCGAAAAAAAUGUAAUGGUAUCCUUAUUUGGCAACGAAUGCUUGGAAUGGCCGUUUUCGGAGUCGUCAUUAGUACAGGCAUUGGCGUUCAAAACGCAGCAGGAAAAGACAAAACAGCAGUAUUACAAAUUGGAAUGUGUUAAUAGGUCGAUCGAGCUACUGAAAACGGCUAUGAACGCUCGAAUUCCGGGUCCCAUGAUUGCACAGCUGUUCCAGGGAUCGGGAUCUGGAUUGGACCCAUCGUCGACAACAAAUUACAAUAAACCACAAGAGGCGGUUGGAAGCCAAAUUCCACCUACAGCAUUGAGGCCGUCAAGGUCAGAUUCGGCACCACUGAAUUAUAGUUUCCCACCGGGCAACUAUAACGGGCGUGGCGCCUCUGCUUCUAGUAUGCAUCGCAGAACCAACUCGCCGGCGAGAAUCGGGGCUGCAGCUGUAGCAAGUCUGUCUGAACAUCGGGACCUGAAAGAAGAGGACAAAGACGAACUGCCGUUGGCUUCUCGUCCCCCUCGCCCUCCACCACCUCCUCCUUCGUCGUACCAUAUGAAUGGUCCCUCACCUCUACAAUUCCGCUCUCAUCGCCGGAAUUUCUCGGUACCACUUGCUAGACCGGCUCAUCUUUCUCCACAGGAAAUGCCUGCUCAAAAUUUGGCAAGGAGAACCCACAAUCCGAUGACCUCAGUGAUAAAUUUUGGCUCUUGGCAGAGUUACGAUCCAGCUCCGCCAUCUGCGAUGAGACGGGCAGGCCCAAUAAGAAAACAUCGGAAAACUAAAUCUGCGAGUGUAACUCCUAAUUUUGGCGUGAUAGAUAUGAAUGUGCCAAAUCAAGUUCGUUUGCCUGAUUUAGGAAAGUCUCCAGAAUACUAUGGGCCACCGAAAGAGAAGGGACAUAUCGAAGACGAGAACGAUUUUGACGAUCAGCAAACGUGCAGUGAACACAGUAGUCGAGAAACGACACCAAUACCCCAAGUUACGAAAGGUCCCAAUUUUGCUAAUAACCUGUUGAACAGUUAA